CUUCUGUUCACACUGGGCUGUCAGUCUUGUAUCGGCACACAUCUGAUCUGAUCCGGAGUCAGAGGAAGGACUGGAUUUCCACUUUGACCCCCCGGCAGUCUCCUAGGCCGUACGCGCACUCAACACCGUCCAGAAGAUGUUGCGGCGAAAGCCCUCCAAUGCCUCCGAGAAGGAGCAGGUGGCGGGCCAAAAAAAGAAGCUGACCCUGCAAAGGUCCAGCAGCUUCAAAGACUUCAUGAAGCCCAAGCCAUCCUCACCUGUGGUGGCAGACCCAGAAUCCAUCCUGGAUGAGACCGCUGAGGGGCCAGGCCAUGAAGACACUGGAAAAAACAAACCAGGGAAGUGGAGGAAAAUCAUCACCCGUACCAUGACUCGCAAAACAUCCAAGAUGGUCCAGAAGGCUCUGGCAGAGGAAGGAAUAGACAGUGGGGAGGACGGACCUGUGUCCCCGGCGUCCAGUGACUUCACUCCCGAUCUGACUCCAGGACAACGAACUUCCGUCUGCUCCAAUGGCUCUGGGGACACGCUGCCCAGUCCGGUCUCUCGACAGCUCUCAGGAUGUGGGGACAGACAGAGUCUGGACAGUGGCUACAGCCAGCGAGACAGCAUGAAACUGGACGACAGCACGCCGGCCCCAUACAGCGGGCCCUUCUGUGGCAGAGCGAAGGUGCACACCGACUUCACCCCCAGCCCCUACGAUUUUGAGUCCCUGAAACUACAGAAAGGUGACAUCAUUCAGAUCAUUGACAAGCCUCCUGUUGGCACUUGGACCGGCAAACUUAACAACAAAGUAGGCUCCUUCAAGUUCAUCUACGUCACCAUCAUGCCCGAGGAGAUCGCACCGGCCAAGAGGAAGCGGUUCUCCAGCCAGGACCGCCGCAACAAACCCAAACCCAAAACCCUGGAGGAAGUCCUGGACAAAAUCGGCCUAACCGACCUGGGCUCCCUGCUGUCCAUGCAGGGCUUCCAGUCUCUGGAGGACUUCGGCAGCCUGAAGGAGUCCCACCUGAAUGAGCUGAACAUCACUGACCCCGAGUACCGCACCAGGAUACUGACCGCCGUGGAGCUGCUGCACGAAUAUGAGGGUGAGUCUGAUGUGGAGGAAGAGGAAAAGACAGAGGAGAAGCCUGAGGUUCCACGGGACUCUGGGUGUUUCGAGAGCACAGAGAACCUGGAGAAUGGACGUGAAGAGCCGGAGACGGAACCGCAGGCUGAAUCGACUCCAGAUGUGGAGGAGCAGGAGAACAAGCUCAAGGACGUGCAGGAACAACUGCAGGACCUGGCCCUGGACCAGGGUUCCUGAAAAGCAGAACCUUUACAACAGGAGAAUCUUUAGAACCUACUACUAGAACCCCUGUGAAUUUCCGGCAAUUUCUUCUGAAGGAAAAAGGCAUUGCUCGUCAUGUAGAAGCACAUGUCAGAGUUCAACCUGUGCCGAGGUGAUAUUCCCAUGAACAAUGAAAACUGAGAUUUCUACGCAUACUUUGGUCUAAGUACAUUUGCAAGUUUUAUGCAAAGCUUUGGUACUUUGAGCACUUGUGUAUUUGAGUAAACAUGAAAGUAUAAUGUGUAUGAAUUGUGUCAUUUCUGAAGGAUACGGCUGUAGAUGCUUUACUUUUAACUGUUAAACUGUGCAUUUCUUUGUCUGUCUGAUAUACAUGUACUGUACUGUACUAUAUAUGUACUGUAUGCCCAUUAUUUUAGGUACCCUCUCUUCAUCCAUUUUAAAAUUGUGUGUCUGUGCUGGAUACUGUAUGUCUGUAACUGUGCUAUUGUUUUUGCUAUUGUUUUAUUUGUUGUUGUUUUUUGGUGUUGUUUUAUUGAAAAUAUAGGAACUUAUUUCCUAUAAGAGUUCCUUAAGAGUUUUGAGUUGAGUAAGUUGUUGAGUAAGUUGAAUUAAGUUGUUGAGAAAGUUGUUUGACUUUAGUGUACAUUUUACAUUGCUUAAAAUGGACUGUUUGACAUUGAAUGAGUAUUACACCUGUUUUGUACCGUUCUCUGCUUUUCAUGCUAUAAAGUGUAGCACUCUGUACAAAGCUGAAUAUCAACUUCAAUUGUUGACUGCAAGGUGUUUGUAGUGCAUUGUGGGUGUAAUUUAGUUUUUCUAAUGGAUGUAAGUCUAGUUUCAGAGGUUGGGAGAAAUAAUGAUUGUAACUAACUGGAUUUUCUUUACACCUUUCCUCUUGUGGCUGGAAUAAUAUCUUUGAAUAAAACAUACAAAAAUCUC